GCAGCAUGGCAGGCAAAACAGCAGACCCGUUCGUGAAAGUUUCGUACGAUUCAGGAUCUGAUGGAGAUAUUGAAAGUGAUGUGGACCCUUCAGAUGAUGGACCAAGUGGAACAGAAGUGGAAGAACUGGAAAAUAAAUCCAAUGGAUUGGUGGAAAAUGGUAACAAGAAAUCUACAGCAGUAGGAUGGGCAGAUGCAAUGACAAAAAUUUUACAGAAACAAAUACCAAAGUCAAAACCUGUAAUCCUUGCUAAAGCAAAAACAGAUAAACAGAUAUAUCUGAAUAAAAGAACUAUUGAAAAUAAAACUGAUGUAGACUCUGACUUGGCUGUGGAUUCUAAAAAUAAAGCAGUUACUAGAACAGUGAAAGAAAAGAUUAGAGAAGAACAAGCAGAAAUCAGAGAAAGAAAAUUAAAAAAACGACUCUGGGAAGAAAUGAACAGGGUUAAACCAGACAUAUUGGAAAAAGAAAAAGAGAGAAGUUUACAAAGGAUUGCACAAAGGGGGGUUGUACAGCUUUUCAAUGCGGUACGGAAACAACAAAAGGAUCUUGAGGAUAAACUGAAAGAAGCUGGCUCAACUGAAGGAAAGAGAGAGAAGGUGAUGAAGUCCGUAACACCUGGUGCUUUUUUAGAUGUCCUGAAAGGCACAGAAUCCAGUAAAGGGGCCAAGAAAGGGGACAGCAAAAAGGCCAAAAUGGAGCUGGAUGUCCCUACUACAGAGCCAGAAAGUCCGUCCUGGAAAGUGUUAAGGGAUGACUUUAUGAUGGGAGCAAAGAUGAAGGACUGGGACCAGAAAGCUGACAGUGAUGAUAAUGAUGACAAUGAAAAGUCUUGAAAAUGUUAAUGAACAGCCUCUUGGAAAAUAAAAUGUACAUCUGUUUAUUUAUCUUAAAUACAUACCUCUCCUUGUAAGAAGUAUCUAUAUAUAUAUUGGUAUGUUCAUAUGGGAACAUAUCUAUUACUGCAUGAAGAACUUAUUUGAAUUUUCAAGGAAUGAAGAUUCACUUUAUGGAAAUACAAAAAAAUGACUACUUUAGAAUUCUACAGUCACAUGUCACAUGCUAGUGAUAAACAAAUUUCACUGGAGCUUGUGUUACACUACAACAUAUAAUUCAGCAACAAGGUGAACAUUUACCUUUUUCUAUAGAAAGUGAAACUGAUAAAGUAAUUGUCUACUUCAGUAAAAAUUUUGUUGAUUUUAUUCAAGUUCUACACGAGCUGAAGUUGUACAUUCAUUGUGUAUAUUCUGCAAAAUAUUUUGAAAGAAUUACAACUGUAAAGGAAGUUUAAUAAAUGUACAGUAUACAAUGUGCAUAAUUAUACAUUAAACUUGUAACUUUGGGUCUUUCUGUUUCAAAUGUAAGGUUAGGUAUCCCAGGAGAUCCCAUAAUAUAUCUUUUAAUGAAAAUGUCCAGUAUUUUUGUACAUC